CGAGUUUGUUAGCGCGGAACCUUCGGCGGAACCAGAUUAUUUGAGUUUAUGGAAGUCAAGUUACUCCUCCCUGUUUCCGGGUUCAACUCGUCCACGUUUCUUUCUUCUCCCUCCAUCAUCUUCAUAGCCAAAUCCGCUUUUCAGCUUCCAUUAACCGGUCAUGCCUCCGAAGCGCAAACAUCGCUCGUCACCGGCUCCUAAGGGACUCGCUGCAGGGGAACAACUUAAACGAGGCAAAUUACCUGGCAGCGAUCCAUGGGGUUGGGUUGGCACGGAGGUCACCUGUUCCUCUCAGAUCACCUUGGAACAUCACCUUAUGUCGUGUGGCCUUUCUCGGAGGAGUAACAACCCGCUCUGUGCCAACAAGUACGCUCACAAGCCAGAGAAGCAGAGCAGCCCUGCUCCCAAGCGUGAAUCCGCAGGUGGCGAGCUGGGAGACGACGUCAUUGUUGUCUCCGAUGAUGAACCACCACCAUGCAGUAAGAAGUUGUGCAAGAACAACCCCAAUUGUUUGAAUUACCUCGGGCAAGAGACGUGGAAAGACGAAGACAAAGCCAGGGAAUUAUUCUUGAAGGCAUCUGACUUAGGGUUCAACCCAGUGCUCGACGCCCGAGAUCCCGAACUUCCUGUUGGCUUAAAGAACCUUGGCGCGACGUGCUAUGCGAACGCCUUCAUUCAAGUAUGGUUCCGAGACCUGGCUUUUCGCAAUGGUGUCUAUAUGUGUCAGCCUUCACAAGAUAAGGAGGACGUAUUUGAGGAUUCGCCCAUAUUUCAGUUACAAGUGACGUUUACCGCAUUGCAGGAAUGCACGCAAAAUGUCUUUAAUCCUGAAAAACUUGCCGAAAGCUUAAAGCUUUCAACCUCAGAACAGCAAGACGCUCAAGAAUUCUCAAAGCUUUUUAUGUCUCACCUCGAUGCUGAAUUCCAGAAACAGUCAUCACCAUCUUUAAGAUCACUUGUAUCCAAUCAGUUUCAAGGGGAGCAAGUAUACGGCACGAUUUGUGGCAAUUGUCACAAUAAGUCUGAACGGUCUACGGACUUUCUUGAACUUGAAAUAAAUAUUGAGAACAACGCUCGGCUGGAGGACCGUAUUGCCGCUCUUCUGCAGGACGAGAAACUCACUGGUGACAACAAGUACCUGUGUUCGAGAUGCGAGUCGCUUCAGGAUGCCACACGGUAUACUGAGUUGCGAAACCUUCCCCCUGUACUCCAUUUCUCCCUCUUACGAUUUGUUUACGACUUUGCCUCCAUGGAGCGCAAGAAGUCUAAGCACAAUCUUCUGUUCCCAACGACGCUUGACAUGGACCAAUUUAACAUCUAUGAGCUCAGAGGCGUUCUAUUACACAAGGGACCGAGUGCAUAUCACGGUCACUAUGAGGCUCAAGUUUUGGAUACCGCAUCGAAUACGUGGUUUCAGUUUGACGACGAAAACGUCACGAAGAUUGAUUCACUCGGAGAGAGGAGAUAUACUGGCCGCGAUAUAGUUGAUGUUUUGAACGGGAACCCCAAGAAGGGAAGCACUGGAAAUUCCCGUGGACGUCCCGCAAAGAAAAGGCGGCGGAUCGAUGAUAGUGACGAUGACGUUGUCGAAGUUUCGUCACCACCCACGGAACCUAAGAUCCCUGAGGCAAAACAGCACGGUCUUGAGGAUAUCUUUUUAUCGAAAGAUGUCUAUAUGCUUAUUUAUGUCCGCAAGGAUGUUUCAUCCCCAGACAACGUCAACUGGGCAGCAGCUACCGUUGCUAGUCAAGAAUCCGAGCAUAUAGCCACGACAGCUGAUGCUGGAAGUUUUUCCCCUCCCCCACGCGCUCAGGAGGUUGUAAAUAGUCUGAAUGCAGCUCAUGACAUGGCCUGUGAUGCAUAUGCAAAGAGGGAAAAAGAAGCAAAGGAACAUUUUAAUGAGUUGCUCAAGAAAAUGAAAGAUAUCUAUUCUUCUUGGAGCGUCAAUUCUAUGGAUGAGGACUCCGUCAUUAUAAGCCGUCAAGCUCUCGAACGAUGGUUGUCUGAACCUUUUGCCAAGCCGAAAACCAGACCUAAGGGUGGAGAGGAACCAGAGACCACACGCGAGAUUUUGCCAACUUCAGAUAUCCUUUGCCAGCACGACGCCCUAGAUCCCCAAAGAGCUAACAAUAUGAAGCGUGUCUCUGCUAGCGCCUAUGAGAAGCUCGCUGAGUUUGGCGAGUCCGAAAUUUCUCCGGUAUGCCAGGUGUAUAACGUUUGUGAGAUUUGUGUCAGGGAAUCAUUCAUAGAAAAACUGUAUCAAGUCGAACAUCCUCGACUGGUAGCACAGUUCGAUGCGGUUUGUGAUGAAACUCCUGAUCAACCCGGCUACUGGAUAUCGAAGAAUUGGCUCAAAGACUGGCGAUUGCAGAAGCCCAAGAUGCACAUACUGCUGCAAGGAGAUAUGCCACCCGAUGCCCCAGAGUAUCUUGGGCAUGUUGUGUGCGAACAUGGUCAACUGUCGCUGGUGUCUACAGCACGAAAGAGCAUAUCCACCAAGGCCGGUGACAUUAUUAAAGGCUUGUUCCCUCAGUGGGUACCACGCUCGACUCAAGAAGAGCUUUGUGCUGUUUGUGAGGCAACCAUAAAUAUGUCCAGGGAAGAUAAGCGUGAGCUACGGAGGAAAGCUGAAGACGAGAAGGCACGGCUACGUCACAUGCACGACAACGCCCUAACAGGAAACACUCUGCUUCUCGAGAAUGUCCCUUGUGCUAUUCUGCCCGCACAUUUCGUGCGUUUGUGGAGAAAGUGGGUCACUCGGCCAACAGAUGGUCCACGUCCCGAAGGAGUCAAUAAUUCACAAUUCCUGUGUGAGCAUGGGCACCUUCUUUUCGAUCCUAAUUGUCCAAACGAUUGGGACACGUCUAUUGCGGUUGUACAAAUGACAGAGUGGAUGCUACUAGCAGAUUUGUAUCCAUGCAUCUUCCCCAUCACACUGGAGAAGAAACUUGUCGAAAAUCCACCAAACGUAUUUGACACCAAGUUUGAGCACGAUAUCCCUGUGUGUCAUGACUGUCGUUCAAAGAGGCGGUCUAACUAUGAUGUUGCCGAGAUCACUGUUCGGCUGUUGAGCGGGAAAAACGCAUCCAAAGAUGUUGUAACACAAGAGAACAAAAGCCAUAAAUCUGAGGAGAAUGGUCAGCACCCUCAAAUGGCAUAUGGAUCUAAUAGGACCUUUGGUACGCGGCAGUCAAAGCGCAUACGCGAAUCCAAGGAUGGUGUGGAAAAGAAACGGAUCACUGUUUCCAAAUCGACUACAGUGAAGGACAUCAAAGUGAUGUUAUAUGAAGCGCUCAAGAUCCCAACAAUCUGUCAACGACUGUCCCACCGUGGCCAGGAACUUGACGAUAGUUCGGUCACCGUCGCAACUCUUGGACUCCUUAUCAACGAUGUCCUCGAUCUUCGGGAAGAGGCAGAAGACGACGAGAAUGCAACAACAGAUGACGUCACUCGUGCAAAGAAAAGGCGCAAGGAAGAGCGAGGUUUCGGUGGCACCCUGUUGGCUUCGUCACAUCCAAACAUCGUUGCAGAUGCUACUGUAAGCUCUGAAGGGGAGCUGCAGUCUGACCAUGAGUCCCCCCAGAUCUGUCGGGUAUGCGAUCUGCAGAACCCUCCAAACAGACAGCAGUGCAGAUUUUGUCAGGAAGAUUUGAGACUCUGAGGAACGCGAUUUCUCAGUAUCAUAUAGAAGUACAUAUAAUGCUUAUUCGACCUUCUUUUACACUCUGGAGUCACGAUAAUGAUUGAAUGCCGUGCCGGAU